GGAGAACGUAGACUUAACCUUAUUAAUUCAGUUUGUUCUUUAUAAACGAAAACAAUAUUUCAAGUAUAAUAAUAUUUUUCUUAACAACUCGCCAAUAAUCACGAGGAAAUCGACUCAUUUGCAUGUAAACCCAAACGUCUUCGACUUAAACGUUUGCAAACCGGCAAAUGUAGUGAGAAGGAAUCAAAUUUCCAUUGUCUUCCUGUUUAUUUCUUUAAAAUUUACAUUAGUGUAAUUUAGUAGAAAGGAAAAUGCCAAAUGUACAAGGCCAGGAAGUAUUCAAUUCAGACGAAGUGACUAUAUUCAACGACAAUGAAGAAUCGAUGGUGGUGUCGCGAACCUCCUUGAUAAAGAAGGGCGGAUUACUAAAAUAUUCCGUAGCGGUGUGGUCGAACGAAAGAAAGCUUAUUGUGAAGUUACCUCUGACACUGAAAAUGCUACAACAAUUUGCCAGCUUUCUGGAGAAGAAAGUUUUUAAGUUUACUUCUGCGGAUAACGGAUUCAAAAUGUACUUAUUCGCCAAACGUUACUUUAUUAGCAGACUAGAAAAAAUGUGCCUAGAUUAUUUUAAAAGGUCGAUUUCUACCGGAAACGUCUGUCGUAUCCACGAUUUAGCCUGCGGGCGAGACGUAAAACAAUUGCAAUACGAAUGUUACUCUCAAUUUAGUUUCUCCGAUAAAAAUAUAUUCCGUACCGACGAUUUCAAAUCGUGCCAAGACACUACUAUUUACAAGUUACUGACCUGCCCCAUUUACUCCGAAUUGAAGGAAUUCGAUUUGUAUAUGGGACUUCGAACGUGGAUGGAAAAAACAUAUCUUAAAUUGAAGAAAACGAAUACUAUUAUAUCGAGGAGAGACAUUAUAAAACCUUUUCUGCCAUUGAUCAGAUUUUUCGCUAUAAAACCGGAAUUCUUAAAACACAUAGUAGAAAACUGUGAGAAAGCCGAGAUUUUAACGGAAGAAGAAGUUCGAUCGAUAAGAGAAUUUCUCACUGGGAAAAAUGUAGCCCACCUCCCGGUAACGAUUUCUGCUAAUGUUCAAUCGCGAGAAUCUUAUCGCUUGUUUACUGCCACCAACUUUGUCAGAAAAGAAACAAUUAAAUGGACGAAUGGGGACUUCCAGUUUAUGGCCGAUAUGUGGGUGCCUAAAAUCUGUACGGUGAAUGCCAUCGAACUGCCAAUAACCCAUUUUAAUUCUAAAGGGAUAAAGGUUUUGUUCGGUACGAAGUCGACUUAUUCGCACGAUUUUCUAUACGAGAGGGGCCUCUGCGAUAAAGAAGGAAUUGUGCGUUUAAAAAACGUGAAAUUAUUACCCGCCCGUAGCUUUCACAUAUUUACUGUUAAAGUUCCGAGAGAGGAAAUUCGUUCCAAUAUCAUACUGUUUUUGGAACAUGCCUACGGAUACGUUCCGAUAUACGAUUUUCCAUACUCGGCUAUGAGAAGUGAAGAAGAAGGAACGAUAUUUCAGUGUAGACAUUACUUCGUUUUCUAAAAAUAUUUUUAAUGUUGUCUCCUGUAGGAUACUCGAAGUGUUUUUUAGCUGUAAAGUUUUUAUAAUUUGUAACCAAUUUUAUGUUUGUUUUAUUUAUUUACAACCUCUUCUAAUUAUUUAAUUUAUAAUUUGUUUUAAUCUUUACUGCGACAAAGAAUAUUUGAUAAUAAAUGUCAUU